AUGCCUUUCAUUCAACUUCCAUGCCACUCCAUCACCAGCCUCCCUCAGCAUCCAGAUCUAAAAGCGUGCAGCCCUGGACUGUCAAUUCAGGAACAAAUCCGUGCAACUCUCGAAGAGGCACAUGAAAUCCUGGCCAGUCUGCCUUCUGAGCUCAAAACUGACUCUAAACUUCGCAAAUCUCCUCCUUCCGAUGCGAAAGUCAAGCUAAGUCAGGGAUGGAGAACCCCGCUGCACGGCGAGCCACAUUCUCGGAAGGAGUACUGGGUCUCACGCGAAAGUGAGCAUGUCGAUUCAAAUUGCGGAAAUGGAUCUGCUACCUGGCAGGAAUUCCAGCAUGGACUGCACCAUGAUCAUGCGAUCCACGAGAUGGAAUAUACUCCUAGUGUUACGCGCGUGGUUACCCUUCUCGAAUGGGUCGGUGGCGAGGAUGGUAAUCUUGGCCAAGCAUUUGGCAUCAAGAACACUCGAUACAGUCAUUUUGAGGCACAAUUCAACUUGAUUGUCCACACCUUCAAGCCAGAUGGCCUCAUUCAGCCCCGGGCUUUCCUGUCCUUCACCGUCUCAGCAACCACCGACAACCUUGUUGCGCGCAAUCCUAACGACCUAAACACGCGUCAGGCAACCAAAGGCUUCGUCACCGUUCAAGUCCCGUACAAGAUGGACCAGCCCGAACCAACCAGUGAUUCCACCGAUGACCAAUACAACAGCCUCUACGCCAAAAUCAUGAAUCACGUCCCGCGCGGCGUGAUCUUCGGCCAUUACGCUAGUGUUGAGCGCGUCGAAUUGCUUGUUCUUCCUCAAAAUAGCGCUGGUUCUCUUGUAUCUAUUUCUGCUUCUGCUGGUGGCAACGUUAUUGGCAAUGACCAGAUGGUGCCUAAUACGUCGUCGACUUCAACUUCGAAUGCAAUUUCAACUGACAGACGGAUCAAGUGGACCAUGGCUACAACUUCGGAUGCGGGGGGAAAAAUUCCUGGCUGGGUACAGCGCAGCUGGAUACUCGGUGGUGCUCCAAAGGCCGUUGUCGCCGAUGUUGGUCUGUUUGUCGGAUGGGUUGCUGAUAGACGCCGUCCUAAAGUUACCAGACGUGAGGAAGGUGAGCGUGAGCGUGUACACGAGGAGAAUAUGCUCUGA